UACUAGAGCGAAGCACUAACACGAAACGGACGACAUUUUGGCUCUGUAAUACACAGACGAUCGGUUGAUUAAUAUAAGCGUUUUAAAGCACAGUUUAAAUUAAGCUGAUUUAUCAAUCUAUUGACAACCUAAACAAGUAAUGUAGCUCUUACGCAGGUUGUUACGGACCGAAGCCGUAAUUUAAUCUGCUUCACCACCAAACUAACAGCCCUGUGUGCAGACGUGCAUGCGCUAAUGUUAGUUUCCGUAAUGCUGAAAAACAGACUUGUGUGCGGUCUAUGACUCGGUAAGUAUGGAGGGGUCCGACGACGAGCGGUCCGGUUGUGAAGGCGAGUACACGCUGAGUAACUCGCCACGGAAAGAAGUCAAGGGAGAAAACAGGGAGGGCGCGGCAGCCCUUGGAGCGACUUCUUCGUUUGGCUUCUCGGGUAUUGACACCUUGAGCGCGCUGAAGCUCCACAGAAGCAACCAGGCGACAGAGAAAAGCAUCCGCUAUCUACACACUUUAUGGAGUCCGGGUGCGUUAUUUCAGGCCCAACCGGCUGGAGGCAAAAUGACGGCGAGCAGAGUGAGGAGGCUGGGUAGAGCCCGGAGAAACAUGGGACCUAUAGGCAAAGACAUCUACGCUGUGAAGAGGCUCAGAGAAGCAGCCAAUGGCAGCGACAUAGACACUGUUCGAAGGUUAUUGCAGGAUGGUGUUGACCCCUGCGCUGCAGACGAUAAGGGAAGAACUGCUUUACAUUUCUCCUCCUGCAAUGGCAAUGAGAGUAUUGUUCAGCUGUUGCUAAGCCAUGGGGCCGAUCCAAACCAGCGAGACAGCCUUGGGAACACGCCUCUCCAUCUUGCUGCCUGUACCAACCAUGUGCCUGUCAUCACUACCUUGUUAAGAGGAGGUGCUCGUGUAGACGCAUUGGAUCGUGCAGGAAGAACUCCUUUACAUCUUGCCCGCUCGAAACUCAACAUAUUGCAGGAGGGAGAGUCCCGAAGCUUGGAAACCCUACGAGGGGAAGUAACUCAGAUUAUUCAGAUGCUGCGUGAAUACCUGAACGUGAUGGGAGACAGUGAGGAACGAGAGAGGCUGGAACAUAUUUCUACCCAACUGCAACACACCCGCACUAAAGAACAGGUGGAUGAGGUGACUGACUUACUGGCCAGCUUCACAUCUCUAAGUCUACAAAUGCAGAAUAUGGGAGACAGGUAGAGGAGAACAUGGAGGCUUACAGAAAACCGAACGAGGGCUGGAUGCGUGGAAAAGUACCUGAGAUAUUUAUUUACGUGACACACAAUGUAUAAUUUUAAUGAUCUGGUCAAUUGUGCAAAAUGUAUGACAAAAAUCAAUGGCCUCUAAACACAUCAUUGAGAUUUCUUUUUUAAAAGAAAGUUCUGUUUUGCAUUGUCUGUAUAUCUGUUAAUUCAUUGUACAUUGUGUAAACCUUUGUUUGAUGUUGAACAUGUAUCGGACAACGACAAUAAAAAAAAAUGAUGUCCAAA